UGAAAAUAUUCCAGUAACAUCUGUCCAAUACAUGUAAGAUCGUAUUUAAAAGUAAUUUCCAGCUCCAACUUCCGGAGACGUCUGAUCAAUCGCGCAAUCGAAAUAAUAGGAGCGGCUGGUUUGACUACGGGAACACAAAUGACCACAGCGAUCCACUGCAUCUUGCCAUGGGCUGGACAUAAACAUACGCAGAUGAUUGAACUGAUGCUCCUGUAUCCCAUCGGCUGACUCUGAGAGGCACCAGUUAUGGGAGCCCAAUGGACUUGGUUCCCUUGGGCGCACUGCCAGGACAGUGAAUCCCCGCGUCGAGACCAUGAGAGGGAGAAGAGAUGGGCCAAGCUGUUUGAUCAGCUGGACCUCAACAAAGAUGGAUACAUCGACAUCUCUGAACUGCGGACAGGGCUGGCGGGUCGAGGGCUUUCCAAAAGAUCCUUGGAGAGGAUUGUGGAGACCGGGGACACCAACAAGGAUGGAGUCCUGGACUUUGACGAGUUCACACAGUACCUUCGCACCCAUGAAAAACAGCUGAAACUCAUGUUUAGCAGACUGGACAGGAACAAUGAUGGACAGAUAGAUGCAGCGGAGAUCCAGCACUGUCUACGCUCCAUCGGUGUGGACAUCAGCCUCAAGGAUGCCACCAGGAUUUUGCUAAGUAUUGACAAGGAUGGUAACAUGACUAUUGACUGGAAUGAGUGGCGAGACCACUUCCUGUUUAACCCUCUCACUAACAUGGAGGAUGUGGCACGCUACUGGAAACGUUCAAUGAUGCUGGAUAUAGGUGAACAGCUGACAGUCCCAGAUGAAUUUUCAGAAGAGGAGAAGAAGUCUGGGUAUGUGUGGCGGCAGCUGAUGGCUGGAGCCAUGGCUGGAUCUGUAUCUCGGACUGGAACCGCCCCCUUGGACCGUCUCAAAGUCUUCAGACAGGUUCACGGUUCCUCUGAUUUUAAAGGGAACGUGCUGAGCAGUUUUCGAUCCAUGAUGAAAGAAGGAGGACUGUGGUCAUUGUGGAGAGGCAAUGGAAUCAAUGUUCUUAAAAUUGCCCCAGAGACUGCAAUCAAGUUCACUGCUUACGAACAGAUCAAGAGCGUGAUGCGCGGCAGUAAUGAAACAAGAAAUCUGAGGGUGCAUGAGAGGUUUGUCGCCGGCAGUCUAGCUGGAGGUAUAGCUCAGACAGCCAUCUACCCAAUGGAGGUGCUGAAGACUCGUCUCACACUGAGAAAAACAGGCCAAUACUCAGGAAUAGCAGACUGUGCCAAACAGAUCCUACAGAGGGAAGGUGUCACAGCCUUCUACAAGGGUUAUGUACCCAACAUGCUGGCUAUUGUCCCUUACGCUGGUAUCGACCUGGCUGUCUACGAGACUCUGAAGUUUUCCUGGCUGAACAGGAACAGAGGUUUAGCCGACCCGGGGGUCAUGGUGCUGGUCGGCUGCGGCGCUGUCUCCAGCACCUGUGGACAGCUGGCAAGUUACCCGCUGGCACUGAUCCGCACCCGAAUGCAGGCACUGGCUCUAGAGAAGGGAGCCCCUAAACCCUCUAUGUUGGCGUUGCUUCACAACAUCGUAACCAAGGAGGGUGUGGCCGGACUUUAUAGAGGAAUUUCCCCCAACCUGCUGAAAGUGAUUCCUGCUGUCAGCGUGUCCUACGUCGUCUACGAAUACACAAGGAUAGCCCUGGGAGUGGACAUUGAGGGUAGGAGGGCUGGGAAAGGGAAAGGGUAAUGAAAUGAUAGAUGAUUUGGGGGUGGCUUUUAUCUACAAGCACGUUCAGAUCUGUUGGCAGUGCAUGAGGAGAUGGGCCUUGAUGGUGGAUGAAUACAUGGUCGCAAGUCUUGACUUUUCAGGUUGAAUAUGGUAGGAUGGAAAAUAAACCAUGGAAGGAAAAGAGAUCAACUUUUACAUGUAAUCUGCUGUUAAAGCCUCACAUUCAGAUGACUACUCCUGAACUGCAGCUGCUGUGAGGAGUUUCAAGUGCAAUAUAUUGCACUGCAGUGCAUGCCAGCAGUUGCGUUAAAGCUAACCAAUUAACCUCCUGCUACUGCACUGACUUGGACGGAUGGAAACUUGCAUGAACUUGCCUGAGAACAAACAGGUAAAAGGUGCUACCAAACCUGGAAACCAUGUCACAUUCCUACAGCAUUAUUCUUUCUCCUAGGUGAUACAUAAAGACGAUAAACGACUGAUAUGAGGAUUGAUCCAAUUUCCUGUUCUCUAAGUGGAUCCUGAAGUCGCUGCAGACCAGUGAAGUUACAGAGUCAGGACUUUGAUUGACAUGUCUUAAACAAAUGUUACAAAUACUAAAGUACAGCAACACCUACCAAACAACAGCAGGUAAUUACUGAACUUAACUCUUGAAUGAUCACAUGGACAUGACUGAAAUGGAAAAUGGUGAAAACAGGAAGAAAUGCUUCUCUUUCCUGGAAGUAUUACUACUGAGUAAAGAAAUAUACUUAAUAUUUUACGAAAUGGAAACUGCCAAAGCCAUAUCAAGACGCACAGAGGAUUCAUUAUAACCUUUCAGGCAAAAUGCUUGUGUUAUUUAAGUCUUCCUAUGCAGAGAGGUGUGUUUGUUUUGUAAUGUUUGAAUAACACUACAGGGUCCAGUGCCACAUAGUAUUUUCAUAAACUGUAUGUGCACAAUGUGCAGUUUCAAUAUUAUAGUAAAGAGAUAGCAGUCUCAGUCUGUAUCAUGAAACAAUAAGAAAUGCCAUUUAAUGCCAGUUAUUCUUUUUGAUGUGUCAGUAUUUAUUAUGGAAUGUGCAAAUAGAUGCAUGCAUGGUGCUACUUCUGUUAAAUAAAUGCCACUUAGUUUCCACUUUAUG